CAUGCCUCCCCUCCCCAGGCCGAGGCCCAGCUGACCCCCGGGGCUCCCCUGGCAGCGGACAGGGAAGGGUUAAAGGUCCCCAGCUCCCUGCCCCCUGCCCUGGGGAACCCCUGCCCUGUGGGGACAUGAACAGUGUUUGCUGCCUGUUCCUGGUCGUGCUGAGCCUGUGGCCAGAUAGGACUGCCGCCCCAGGGCCACCUCCUGGCCCCCCGAGGGCCUCCCCAGCCCCUCGGGCUGAGCUGGACAGCGCCGUCCUCCUGACGCGCUCCCUCCUGGGGGACACUCGGCAGCUGGCCGCACAGCUGAGGGACAAAUUCCCAGCCGACGGAGACCACAACCUGGACUCCCUCCCCACCUUGGCCAUGAGUGCGGGGGCACUGGGAGCCCUGCAGCUCCCGGGCGUGCUGACACGGCUGCGCGCAGACCUGUUCUCCUACUUGCGGCACCUGCAGUGGCUGCGCCGGGCAGGCGGCCCUUCCCUGCGGACCCUGGAGCCAGAGCUGGGGGCCCUGCAGGCCCGGCUGGACCGCCUGCUACGCCGGCUGCAGCUCCUGAUGUCCCGCCUGGCCCUGCCCCAGGCACCCCCAGAGCCACCGGCUCCCCCUCUGGCGCCCCCAUCCUCAGCCUGGGGAGGCAUCCGGGCAGCCCACGCCAUUCUCGGGGGACUGCACCUGACGCUCGACUGGGCAGUGAGGGGCUUGCUGCUGCUGAAGACUCGGCUGUGACCUGCCACCCAGAGCCACCAGCAUCCUUUGACGCCAGAUCUUAUUUAUUUAUUUAUUUCAGGACUGGGGGCAUGGCAGCCAGAGGAUCCCCCCCAUUACCUCCCCCUAGUUAGAGAUGGUUCAGGAGACCUGGGCAGGGAGGGGGGGCAUCUGUGCCUUAUUUAUACUUAUUUAUUUAAGAGGGUGGGUGGGAAGCAGGUGGAUUCAGGGGUCCCCAAGGAUGAGGGACCUGAGGUCCUGGGUUCUUGGGUCUCUAAGAAGUCUGGCCACCGUGUCUCCCUGGCGCCCACCCCUCUUGGCCUGGGCAGGAGCAUAUAUUAUUUAUUAAACAAUUACUUUUCGUGUUGGGGUGGGGAGGGAGGGGAAAAGGAGGCCUGGGUUUUGGUACAAAAAUGUGAGAAACCCUUGUGAGACGGAGAAGAAGGAAUUAAAUUUGUCAUACAUAUCCACUUCGAGGUGAUUUCUCUGAGGGCUGGGGACUGGAGGCUGGGGUUCCUAGGGCAGGGGGACAUAGAGGCCCUGAGUGGGCACGGCAGUUCUCCCAGCGACCGUGGGCUCUGAGGGGCAGGGUCUCAGCCUCACCUGCUGCCCAGCACCUCAUAGGCAUUCAAUAAAUACUGAAUGGAAGGUUCCAGAAGGUCACCCUGUGACCGACAGUCGUCAUACAGGACAAAGCUGCAAGCUCAAGAUUGUUCAUUAUGGCAGUGUUCACAACAGCAGAUCAGAAACCAGCUAGAUGUCCAACGGUGGGGGAUGGUUAAAUAAAUUACAGCGCCUCCGUGUGCUGGAAUACCGGCGCU